CUUUUCUUUUCUUUUUUUCAGCUUCUUCCGACCCCUUUCAGAAAAAAGGGCUUAACUUAGGUACUGAUGGACUCGGAGCGGAAGGUUCCCGAUGACUUAAGAUACAAUGUAUUGCAAUUGCUAAUCAACCACCCAAAUGGUAUCAAAUUUGGGGACUUCAGUGCAGCUUUUUAUCAGAUCCAUAAUUUUCAUCCCAAAUUCUCUCAUUAUGGGUAUUGUUCACUCAGACAAUUGCUCGACCACAUGAAAGAAACUGUAGUUGUAGAAGGCAAAAGAUCAUGUGGCUCAGUAAUGAAGCUAGUAAGUGGUUUAAACCUUGAUGGCUUGCUAGAUGAAAUAGAAAACAGUGGAUUGGACAGUUUUGAAGAGGAAGAUUCAAGAUUGAAGGAGGAAAAAGGAAGAGAAAGAAAGGAAGAUACAGCUGCAUCAGCAGCAGAUCUGGCUGAAGUCUUAGCAGGAAUUACCAAUCUUCUAAUAAAAUAUGAGUCGGGUUUGAAGAUUGAGAAAAUCCAAACACUAUUGCUUUCCACAAUUGGAAUUGAUCUACAAGCAUUUAUCAUCGCCAAAGGCUAUAAGGAUAUCCUAACCUUUUUGGGUGACCAGAUACCUAAGCUAAUCAUCAGACAUCGAGAGAACCUUCACAGAUGUGUUGUCCAACUUUCUGAAGAUUUAACAGUUGUAUCAGUGCCAAUUUGUGACAUCUUGAAAUUAUAUCCUGAUGGCUUGAAGUUGUCAAAGUUAAAAGAGGCGGUGAAAAAGAAAUGUGGAUAUGACCUGGAAGUAUUUUGCUAUCAGGUUGGCUUUUGCAACAUAGUUUCCUGCCUCCAGGAGAUUCCUAAGCUGAUAAUAAACAGGAAUAAAAGCAGGAAUUGUAGGAUUCAACUUAAGCCAGGUUACUCAAGCUGCUCUUCAUCCCGAUCCAGCCGUUCUCCUUCUGAUUCAGAACAGCCUAUCUGCACAUCAAAGAAAGUAAAGCAAGCUGCAUCUGAAAAGAAGCCUGUUCCCUUCAGCUGCUCUUCAUACCAAUCCAGCUAUUCUUCCAGUUCUGACUCAGAUCAAUCUACUGGCACAUCAAACAAUUCAAACGAAGAUGAAUCUGAAAAGAUGCCUGUACUGGGCGAAGUCAUGGCAUUGGUCACCGCCCUCUUAAGCAAUUAUGAGAAGGGCCUGAGAAUUUUCAAAUUGCAAGAGUUUUUGCUGGUAAAAGAUGGGAUUGCUCUUGAAAACUUCAGUAUUGCCCACGGUUACAGAGAUACUGUGGAAUUCAUGAAAAAAAAGAUGCCUCAACUAGUGUUGAGCUGCCAAAGGGACAGGCUUAAUACUGUUGCCAUUGAACCUCACUCAGCACUAAAAUAUGUCACAGCAUCACUCACUGCCCUCUUAAGCAGGUAUAUGUCGGGCCUGAGAGUUAUAGAAUUGCAAGACUUGUUUCUGGCAGAAGAAGGAUUUGAUCUUGAGAAGUUCAGCUUGGCCUUGGGACACAAAGACACUGUAGAAUUUUUGGAGGAAAAGAUGCCUCAACUGAAGUUGAACUAUAGAACAAACAGGCUUAAUAGCAUUGUCAUUAAACCUCACUCAGACUUAGAAGACAACUCUAAACCUGCUUCUACCCUCGAUGAUCCCUCUGCAAGUGACUCUGAGUGUCAGAAUGAACCUGCUUCAAUUGCUGUAGUCCCACCUGAAGUAAACUUGUUUCAUACAAAUCAGUCUUACCCAAAUACCAUGUCCUCAAACUUACAUGAGUCCCACAAUACUUUAUCAGUCAAAGCCAAGAGUUCCUCUUUAUCUUCUAUUCCGUCACAGCAGCCAAACCCAUGCCAGCCCAGUGCAAAAUCAGUCACUGAAGAGACACCUGCCAGUUCACAAGUGCCCAUAUUCCAACCUUCAACUACUCUGGAUGAACUGAAGCAACAGGUGGCCCAGAUUCUGGCCAAGUAUCCAAGGGGCAUAUCUCUAUUCCAGUUCCGGAUUGUCUAUAGUGCUACCUUUAAACAACAUUUUCCAGUGGGGAAUGCCUCUUCUACCAAACAACGUCUUCUCGAGAUGCCGGACACUGUUUAUAUAAAGGGUCAUGGAGUUCAGACAUUACUGUUGCCCGUAUCCCCUGACGUGUCACCUGCAAAACCAGGUCAGCCUGCCUCUUCCAAAGUUGAGAAUGUUGCAGUGGUAUGUAAUCUUUCAUUGGUCAAUCCUGAACCUGUGACUAAACCUGCUGUGGAAACCUUUGAUUCUCAUUCCGUUUUGACAUCACCUUUAAUCCCCCCUGAAAAGCCAGGAAGCAAGGAUUGCUGCAGCUCUAAGGACCUAUCCCUAAAUAUGCUUCUGGCCCCAUGCCAAGAACAAAAGAAGGCCAUAACAAGCUUGCCAGGCUUUUCGGAUCAGCUUGAUUUGUCAAAAGUAGAAGACAUUCCAGUGCUUCCUGGUCAUUCCUUGCCUAAGGAUGAAUCGUUGAUCAUUCCACAGUCUUUCCUGAUGCCUGCUAUUCCCAGGGCUGCCAUGAUGCCUGUAUCUGAGCCCCCUCAUUCCUUCUUGCAAUAUUAUCAGUCCGUCAGAAUUGUAGAAAAUAAAGGGAAUAACCCAUUCACUGAACUUCAUACCCAAAGUACCCCAGGUUCCAUUAAAGUGAUGGAAAUGAACAAAUCUUGUUUGAAUGGUCCCGAUCCCAAGCUAGGAGAGAUCCCCUUCAUUCCACAUUGCUUUGCAGCUUUACCUACAUAUUUUCAAGGGACAGAAUGUGGUGAGAAUUUGCAGCCAGGUAUUCUUAAACCCAGAUUUGCAACUCCCACAAAGUCAAAGAUUUCUGACACUGUUCCAUCAGUUGACUCAACACCAGUUCCCUCAGUUUUAGUAAAAUCUGAAAUUCACCCUCCAGGAGGUGCAUCACAGAGCUCCAAUAGUAUUCAGCCUAUGCUUCCAGUACAACCACCACCUCCCAUCCUAAGUACAGAACAAAGGAAUUAUAAUUGUGCUCUUUUAAAAUUUGAUUCCUUUUCUGAAGCACAAAAACAAUCCAGAACUUUGCAGCAUUUUUCGAGUCCUGAGUCUACUGCAAAGAGGAGUUCUGCUUCUUCAUUGCCUAGAAAUUCCGCAAACUGCUUUCCAUCCAGAUCCCAACUAAACCACCACUUACAACAGCCUGCCCAUGCAAGACUAGAUGAUCUGCAAUCCACUUCUGUUUCUUUAGCAGAUAAGAACCUCAGAAAAGCCUCUUUGGACAGCAUAUCUCCUGUAGCAGUGUAUCCAAGAAAACCCACUUAUGUGAAUCCUCUUGAAACCAGUUCAACCACAGAAUCAUCCAUUGCCUGUUCAGUCAGUGGAUCCUUGCACACUUCAUCUGUGAUCACCAAUAAUUCCAGGGCUUCGUCAUCUGUAUCCUCGAGGACAACAGCAGCCGUAAGUGCAGCUUCUUUGCUGUUGGAUUCUACUGCCAACUCAUAUGAUCAAAUUGCCUAUGCUUCUGCUAAGAUCACCAGUAAUUCCACUCCUUUGUUUUCUGAGACUCAAGCUUCCACUCAGCAGAGACAAUAUUCCAGGGCAGCUAGUACUGUAAUCUCAAACACAAAAACAAGCCCCACUUCCUGGUCCCCAGAAUCCAACACCUGUUCACACCAUCAGUUUGCAUAUGCUUCCAGCAGGAUCACCACUAAUUCCAGUAACCUAUCUUCUGAGACAUAUCAGGGACCGAGCACACAAGCAAGCGAGACUAUAAUUUCCUCGAAUACAAAAACGGCGAGCUCCAUUUCUUCUCUAGAUUCUACCACUAGCAUACCUUGCCAGCAUGCCUAUGCUUCUGCCAAGGCCACCAGUACUUCUAGUGUUUUGUCAAAGUCCACCGCCUAUCAAACUCCAAUUUCUGAUUGCAAGGCUAGUUUAAGUCAUCCUCCUCCUACUCAGAAUAAUCUCACAUCCUCACUUUCUAAACAGGGGGACCAGUCUUCCUCUCUGCAAGAAAAGCAGGUUACUCACGUCUCCAAAAUCUAUGAUGGAUGUCUCAUCCUAUAAUAGGCUAUCCUUCAAAUGGUCCAUGUGAAGACAUUUGUAUAUGGACACAUUUUUUCCAGGAAGAGAGAUGAAGAAUAGCCUCUUCAAUGUGCUGCCUAAGGGCAUUUAAAGGCCAUCCUUGCCUAAAUUAACCUAUUUACCUAUAAACUUUAAAAUUAUGAGAAUUCUCUGAAUGUUAAAAAUAUUGUUAAUUAAAUUGUUUCAGCCAUAAAAAGAAUUGUCACCAAAUUACACAUAGUGAGAUAGCUACCUCAAAUGACACAUAGCUUGAAGCUGCAGUACACUUAUAGCCAUUCCAGUGCCCUCUAGCUGAUUUGCUGGUUUUUUAUGUGAUGAAAGACACCAUCAAUAGCAUUCAGCCAAGGUCAGCUGAUUAAACUCAUUUUCUGAAUGAGGAGCAGAAGCUAUGAUUCCCUGCCCCUUCAGGUGGGAGUACUCCCUGGGUCGUCUUGCCCGGAAAUAUCACUGUGAAAUCUUUUAGUUGUACUGAGCUCUUAAAAUUGUCCAGGGUGGUCAGAUUCUGUGUUGGAAGCAGCUUGGUUUACUGUUGUGCAAGCAUGUAAUUAUGUAUAAUUACUUUAUACUGUUAUUCUGUUCUGAAAUCAUGGGCACAAACUGAUUCCUGAACCUUCAGCCUUCUCUCUCAAUUUUUCUGAAAUGUUUGUAUUCAACACAUUUGAAACAUUAAUUCUGAACUAGUUGAUCCAACAACUUUUUAAAAAAGUAGAUAUGCAAGAUUUUGAAUGUGUUGUCUUCGGUAUCUCCUAAUAUUUGGGAGCAGAAUGGUUGAAGAUUGUGCUUUCUGUAUCUCCCUCUGGAAGUUCUGCUGAAUUGUCUCAUGUUGUGUUGGGUAGAAAUACAAACUUGGACUUAUGAUUCUGAGUUACGACUAGAGCAAAAGGUAUGCUAGAGUUUCUUUAAGAACAAAUGCACCUAAGUUGCAAUGUGUUGCUUUCUGCCCUCUUGCUUCUCCUCAUAGGCUGGGUGUUUGACUGUUACUUCCCAUUUUUCCAACAAUCUUUUUUUACUCCUUCAGUUCUCAUUGAUGUCCCAGUGCUGCAUAUGCCACUGGCUGACCUGUCCUUCAAUCUUCCCAGUACUCUCCCAAUAGACACCUCCCCUUUUUUCUCAUAGCCUUCUCUUUCUCUCUCUUAUUUCAAUGAGAGCAGAUUUACUUUAAAUUCCUUCUCUAAACCUGUUUCUGGCUUACUCCCAACCUUCUCCAGUUUGCAACUGCCUUUUUGUCCAUGUGCCUAUGGAGAAAGAAGUUAAUCUUUUAAGGAUAGUUACUAUUGAAGGACAAGAAUUCAGGAGAAUCCAUCCAAGCAACACUAAUUCAAGGAACGUGCAGAUUUUUUUGCAGACAAAUAUUCCAUUUCCAGUUUAAUUUCUGUUUAGAAAAUUAAUACUUUGUGUAUUUUUUCAUUUGGUGUGGAUCUUUUGGCUUAUAUUUUUGUAUCAAAAUAAAAUAAU